AACUUCUCCAACUUCUCGUCAACUUCUCGAGAAGAGCCAGUCGUCCGGGACGUCUUCUCCAGCAACAACCCUUCACUAUUUAUCUCCACAGCUCUCCGUCCUUCGCACUCCACCCCCGAAAAUGACUUCAUGAGACGCCUCCCGCCAGUCCCGCGCUCUGCCAAGCCUCUCCACCGUCACCCUGGCCCGCUGGCGGCGCUUGACUCCAUUCGGAACCCUUGCGGACCAAACUAGAGGACGCCUCCUACUGCGGGUUUCACUAGGAAGCGCCUCAGACGGCCCUCAUGGCACAAGACACUUCACAUAAUGCCUCCUCGCGACCGCAACGCGACUUUCCCCCUUCCCAAUUCCCUCAACCGACCCUGACGCGAAUACCUUCGCCCUCCGACCUCUCCCUGCUGUCGGCCGACGAGCUGACGGCCCCCGAUGCGGCAGCAGCGCUGACGGGAGUCCAUCCUCCAGAAAUCGAUAUGGACCCCGAGUCUUCGGGCCACAGGCGGCGGAGGAGUAGUUUGAUGAACCAACUUGAUACCACAGUAAUGGGGAAAUCGAGGGACAAGACAUCGAGGAGUCCACCGAGUGGGCAAGGGGGGAUACAAGAAGAUCCGAAACUGGAAAGAGCGUCUGACGACGAGAGGAGUACAAGUGAGGAUGUUGAGCUGGAUGAGUUAUCAGACGAUGGGCUACAAGACGACGAAGAGACUGGGUUAACGGGGAGAGAUAAGGGCAAGAGGAAACGAAAAAGGCGGAGAAAUACAUUGCUGGAUCAGAGAAUAGCAGCAGACCUGAAAAUUACGGACGAGGAGAAGAAAGAGGCGGAUCAGAAUGUGGUGAAGAAGGGCUUGAUCAAUGGGCUACUAAUCGGGCUGUGGUAUCUUUUCUCACUGUCGAUAUCCCUGUACAACAAAUGGAUGUUCGCACCCGAACACCUCAAUUUCCACUUCCCUUUAUUUACGACUUGCGCGCAUAUGCUCGUGCAGUUCUGCCUUGCUUCCAUUGUGCUAUACUUCCUCCCACGUUUCCGCCCUCGAUACGACUCCAUCUCCAAUCCUCAAAACACACAUUCCGAUGCGGACAUGCAACAGCAUCAGACGGAUAGCAAGAAACCCCUGAUGACACGGAUGUUCUAUUUUACCCGAGUUGGACCUUGUGGAGUGGCUACUGGCCUGGAUAUUGGAUUAGGCAACAUGAGUUUACAGUUUAUUACUUUGACAUUUUACACGAUGUGUAAAUCCUCCUCCCUCGCCUUCGUCCUCCUCUUCGCCUUCCUCUUCCACCUGGAAACCCCCUCAUGGCGCCUUGUCGCCAUAAUAGCUACUAUGACUGCCGGCGUGGUAAUGAUGGUCUUCGGCGAAAUCAAGUUCUCAGCCCUGGGCUUCAUCCUCGUCAUCUCCGCCGCCUGCUUCUCCGGCUUCCGCUGGGCCCUCACACAAAUCCUUCUACUGCGGAACCCUGCAACCUCCAACCCUUUCUCCUCCAUCUUCUACCUGGCGCCCAUCAUGUUUUCUUCCCUCCUCAUCAUUGCCAUACCCGUUGAAACAUUCCCCGCUCUUGUCGAUGGGAUCGGCGUCCUGAUCGACAAAAAAGGCCCGGUAUUGGGCCCUGGUCUCCUUUUAUUCCCAGGAGUCAUCGCAUUUUGCAUGACAGCCUCCGAAUUCGCUCUCCUCCAAAGAACAAGCGUAGUAACGCUCUCCAUAGCAGGCAUCUUCAAAGAAGUCGUCACCAUCUCCGCCGCUGGGCUACUGUUCCAUGACAAACUCACCAUCAUCAAUUUCGCUGGUCUUUUCAUAACCAUUGGAGCCAUAGCGGCGUAUAACUGGGUUAAGAUCAAGAAGAUGAGAGAGAAUGCGCAGAUGGAGGCGCAUAAGCAUCAUCUUAUCGGGCAGGAGAUUACCGAGAGCAGUGAUGAGGAGGAAGAAGAGGGGGAUUGGAAUGUGGAUGGCAGGGCGUAUGUCACGAGCGAUGGGGAUAUUAUGCCCGCUCCAAAUGCCUUCCAGAAAAAAGGGGAGGGGUCGAAGAAAAAUGGUAGUGGAGAAGAGACGGUGGAUCUGUAAUACCAUUGUAUUGAGUAUAGAGGAGCAUUUAUCUCUCGACGGGAGAAAUUGGGGUACGGGUGGUGGUGAUUGGUAUACACCGGCGUUGAAGUGAUGAGGCAUCACAAGAUAUAAAUCUACAUAUUUUCUAUCCUAGGCUGCUUAGCCAACCUUCCCA